AUGAAAUUUUCUACUAUUUUAGCCAUUCCAUUUGCAAUUGCCUUUGCCAAUGCUGCUGCUGCUCCUGCUGUUACUGCUGCCCCAGCCCCUGCUGCUGAUAAUCCUUAUACUAUUUACCCUCCUGUUCCCAAAACUGCUUCAAUCAACGGUUUCGCUGAUAGAAUCUACGAUCAAAUUCCAAAGUGUGCUCAAGAAUGUGUUAAGCAAAGUACCAGCUCUACUCCUUGUCCAUACUGGGAUACCGGUUGCUUGUGUGUUAUCCCUAACUUUACAGGUGCUGUUGGUAAUUGUGUUGCAUCCAAAUGUCGUGGUGCUGAUGUUACCAACUUCAGAAAGUUGGCUGUCGGUGCUUGCGCUGCUGCUGGUGUUUGGGAUCCAUACUGGAUUAUUCCAGCAAGUGUCUCAAGUGCUUUGGACGCCGCUGCUACCGCAACUGGUAAUUAG